CCCUUCUCUCUUCCCUUAAUCCCCUGCUUAAAAAAAACCCGGUUUAGUUUCUAAUCAAACCCGGUCUAACACCAUGCUCUCCUUCCAACUCGAACCAACCCUGACCGAUUUCGGAUUCGGAUCCCCAUCAUGGGACUCACUCUACCCGAAUCCGAACAAUAACCCGGCCCGCAACUCCUCCGGUUCGGACGGGCCCGACCCGGUCGAAGAGCGCCGCCGCCGCCGUAUGGUUUCCAACCGGGAAUCGGCUCGUCGCUCUCGUAUGAGAAAGCAACGCCAUCUCGAAGGGCUCCGGGUCCAGUCAGCUCGGCUCCGCGCCGAGAACCGGGAGUUGGCGAGCCGGCUCGCCACCAUCAGCCAUCACUGCCUCCUCUACCGCCAUGAUAGUAACCGGCUUAUUGCCGAGUUAGCCGCUCUGCGCCGCCGGUUCAACGAGAUCAACAGCUUCCUCAUCUUCCGCCAGAUCCAACGGCUCUCAUCCCCCGUCUGUGGCGGUCCCGGCUUUGCCUCGGGAUCAGCGAUCGCUGGAUCAUCCAUAAUCGCUUAAAAAAUUGAAUAAAAAUAAAAUUCGGGAAUUUUUAAUCACGAAAAAAUUCUCAAAAAAAAAUGAUAUCUAGUCGGAAAAACGAGCAACGUUCUCGUUUCCCUCGUUUCCCUCUUUUUGGGAAACGGGGAAACGGGAGCGAGUAAUCGUUUAAAAUUUAUUUUCUUUUACUUUUUUUUUCGCUUGUAAAUAUGAUAUUUUUGUUAAAAUUAUGUUUUUCCGCGCUAGUAAAUAUGAAGAUAUUUAAGUAUUUGAAAAUUUGGGUGGUCACUUGACUUUUGGGCAUAAAUGAAUGCCCUAUCAUCUCACCGUACAAACUGUCUCGUUAUCAGGAUCUAAUAUGAUGAACGGUUGAUAUUCUUAAGCAGUCUUUUCUCUUU